AUGUCAGAUCCUGACGCUCCAUCUCGCAAAAGACCGUCGCUUCGUGAUUAUCUACACUGGGUGGUGAUAGAUGUUCCCGGAAGUCAUGUAAAACAGGGCAAGGAACUUGUGUCCUAUAUGGGACCGGCCCCACCCUCAGGAACAGGUUUACACCGAUAUUACUUCCUCGUCUACAAACAGACAAAGUCGGUUUCGCUUGAGAAAUCAGCCAGAGCAAACUUUGACACGCACAAAUUUGUCAAGGAAAACGGUUUGGGCAAUCCAGUAGCAGGAAACUAUUUCCAGGUAGGCUCACUUUGAAC